AUGAGUUGGAGUGGUAGUUAUGCACAAAAUUUUGUUGACCCUCAACACCUUCAAGAAGCAGAACAACAAGUAGAUAUUUUUAUGGGCAUAGUUAUGUCUGCUUGUCAAGAAAAAUGUAUUCCCUCCAACUAUCACGAACCAGAUUUAAACAAGGGAGAGCAGAAAUGUAUUGACCGCUGUGUAGCAAAAUAUAUGUCGAUUCAGUUUAUGCUGGGUGAAAAAAUGAAGUCUAUGGCACCCACUACCAACACUACAUUAUAG